AUGUCUAGCCGCCGUACCCGCGACCCUCCCGUCGAUGAAGACGAGGAUCUUGCUGGCAAUGCUCAUCUCCUCACUCCCAGUGUGACCUUGGAGUCCAGCAAUCCUAGCCUGUUCUACGAGCCUACUCGUGCCAACUUGAUCCGCCUCCGCGAGAAUCCCGCUGUCGCCAUUGCUUGGGAUAGACAUACCGGCCGCAUGAAGAUUGCUGGCUCUCAAGAUGAUGUCGAGAACGCCGUCUUCGAUGGUCCCUAUUAA